AGAUGCACAGAGCACUUCUCAACGCCUCCAGACGGGUGGCAACCGUCAGAAGCACGGUUUCUACCGUUGAAGGAGACGCUUUCCGGCUCAGCGACUACAGCUCCAAGUAUUUGGGUCAUAGAAUAGCUGCUUUCACUGAAAAACUAGAAAUCGUGAAUGCCGACGACACGCCAGCCCUCCCAAUCUACAGAGUCACCAACGCCGUCGGUGACGUCAUCGACAAGUCUCAGGACCCGAAUUUCGACGAGCAAUCUUUGCUGAAAAUGUACAAAACGAUGACACAGCUGAAUAUUAUGGAUCGGAUCCUGUACGACUCGUAGCGUCAGGGACGCAUCUCGUUUUAUAUAAAGUUCUACUAUAUAAAGAAAUGCUUCAA